AAAAAAGUAAAUCACUGGAAGAGAAGUUUAUCGUUUGUACAUGUGUGCGCCUAUGAUUGUGUUUAUUUGUUUACUGAGGGGGGGCCGGGGGGCCCUUUUUCGGUCAGUCCGCAUGAUGUUUAAUGGCUGUGGCCCAGUGAAAACAGACCGGAGCGGCAGGAAUGCAGCCUCCAGGCCGGAGAGCAGCAGCAGCUCCUCCGUCAGACGUGACGUCGCUGGUCCCCCCGCUGGAAAACUUCACUCGGCCCAAGUUUUCUACCAGAGAGGGGGAGAAAAAACAAACCCACACAACGAGACCCAAAAAUACCCUCCCUGACCAGGAGCCUCGGAAUGUGCGCGCAUUGGCGCUUCGACACAGCAUCCGGCCGUCGAAAUGUUAAUCCAGUCGCGUCGUUUCGUCGACUCCGUGGCCGUCGUGGCGUCUGUUUGUGCGACGCUGUUGCUGGCGAGAGGCUGCUUGUGUGUCACCGAGGAGGACGAUGAGGUCCUGCAUAAAAAACAACUCGUUGAGUUUUACAAAAAGGGCCUGUUCAUCCUGGAGAGUGAGUCGCUGAAGCGCUGCAUCACAGUGGAUCGCUCCAAGCUGGUGCUGGAGGACUGCGAGCGGCCCACGCGCCGCAUGCUGUGGAAGUGGGUCUCCCGGCAUCGCCUCUUCAAUCUCGGCACCAGCACUUGCCUGGGCCUCAACAUCUCCGACACGACGCGGCCUCUCGGCACGUUCGAGUGUGACACGGACCUCCCUGUGCUGUGGUGGCGCUGCCAUGGAAACAUGCUGUACGGGGCGUCCCAGUGGAAGGUGGCUGUGGCGGAACAUUUGGUGGUGGUAAAGAAAAACUCUUAUCAUGAGUGGAAGAGAUACGACACCCCCGGAGAGGGGCCUUGCUCAUAUCCUUAUGAAGAUAUCCACACUUUGUUGGGAAACGCGCAUGGCAUGCCCUGUGCUUUGCCCUUUAGGUACAACAACAAAUGGUACUCCGAGUGUACGACCGAGGGGCGGGAAGACCAACUUUUGUGGUGUGCUACCAGCACCCGCUACGAUGAGGCGGAGAGAUGGGGCUUCUGUCCCGUAAAAGAUUCCAGUUGCAAGCAUUUCUGGGAGUCAAACCAGGAGCUGCAGGCGUGUUACCAGUUCAACCUGUACACCAUCCUGACCUGGAGUCAGGCACUGUUAACCUGCCAGGCUCAAGGUGGUAAUCUGCUCAGCAUCACCAGCCUGGCAGAGCACAGGUACAUCAGAGACCGGCUGGCGGGUGUUGGAGCGAUGGUGUGGAUCGGGCUGAACCACCUGAAGGAUGGGCGGGGGUGGCAGUGGUCUGAUGGAGCACCAUUAUCACUGAUCAAUUUCACCACAGCUCUGCCUGCCAGCCCGCUGCAGGACAACAGACAGUGUGGAGUUUACAACUCAGCCUAUGAGGGUCACUGGCAGAGUCUUUCUUGUGAGUCUGCUCUGCCUUACAUCUGCAAAAAGACGCCUAACGACACCCGGACUGCCGAGCCACUAGAGAACUGGCAGUAUAUCCAUACAGAGUGUGCUAAUGGCUGGUGGCCUCAUAAUGGUUUCUGCUACAGGCUGCUGUCAGACACAGAAGCAGGAAGCUGGGAGGAGUCUUCCCGGGCCUGUGGCUCUCUGGGGGCAAACCUCACCAGCCUCCAUUCCCUGUCUGAGGUUGAAAUGAUGCUCAACCUCUUGGCUAACUUCUCAGGAGAGAGCACAGAAGUAUGGAUCGGUCUGUGGAAACAGGCAUCAGCGCCGACUGUAGAGUGGUCCGAUGGCUCACCAGUAACUCUCACUCUCUGGUACCAGUAUCACCCCCCUCGCAACCUGACGGAUGCAGCACUCUGUGCCAAAGCAGAUAGGAAGGAAGGCAACUGGCUUUUAGUAUCGUGUGACGAGCGACUGCCCGCUGUGUGUAGAAGAGAAAGCCAGAAUCCUGUUCGCCGCGGUGAAACCUGGGACGAGGGUUGUCCAGAGGGCUGGAAGCGACACGGACAUUCCUGCUACACGGUGACUAGCCAUGAACAGAGCUAUGAAGAUGCACUGAUGGGAUAUUACUGCAAGGCUCCUCUUCUCACUGUGGAAAACAGGUUUGAGCAGGCAUUUGUCAACAGUUUGCUGAGUGAGUCUGGGGCCAACGGCAGCACGUGUUACUGGAUCGGCCUCAUGGACCAGGACAAGACGGGAAUGUACAGCUGGCUCACUCACAGUGGCACACAUGUGCCUCUUACCUUCACAAACUGGAACAAACACCAGCCAGUCAGCGCUGGUGGCUGUGUUGCUAUGUCAGGUGGCCCAGCUUUGGGUCACUGGGAGGUGAAAGACUGCACCUCCUUUAAGGCUUUGUCAGUGUGCAAGCAGAGCAUCAGCAGUUACCACGAUGUGGAGCUGCCAGAGCAGCACAUUGACGCCUCCGCCCCCUGUCCUCCAGGGUGGGAAUCACAAUCUGGGCUCCUCCUCUGUUUUAAGGUGUUCCACGAUGAGAAAGUCCUGAUGAAGCGUUCCUGGGUGGAAGCAGACUUCUUCUGCCAGGCCCUCGGUGCUCAGCUGGCCAGUUUCUACCACUAUGAGGAGCAGGUGUUUGUUAAGCAGCUCCUCAGUACCAUGUUUGAAGGAACAGAGGGUCGCUGGUUCUGGGUGGGUUUAAAUAAGAGAGACCCUGAACAUCCCGGAGCUUGGGAGUGGUCUGACGGUUCUCCUGUGGUGACGUCCUUCAUCGAGGAUAAGAACGAGGAGGACGACAGGAGGGACUGUGCCGUGUACAGCGACCUGACCAACAGUCUCACGCCGCAGCCCUGUGACAGCAAACAUGAGUGGAUCUGCAAGCUGUACAGAGGUGAUAAACUGAAAAGACCCUACUGGUACACUGAGCAGAGCGAGCCCUGGGUGUUUUACCGCGGAGCUGAGUACCUGCUGGCGAAGCAGCCCUUUGACUGGGACACCGUCUCUCUGGCCUGUCAGAUGAUGGGAGCCUACCUGCUGUCCAUUCACUCCAGAGAGGAGCUGCACUUCAUCAAGGAGCGCUUGCGGCGGCUCUCCCUGGGCCCAACCGACUGGUGGAUUGGCCUGUCCAUUGGGCAGCCUGGAGAGGAGAUCAGGUGGAGCGAUAAGACGGAGGUAGAGUUUCAGAACUGGGCCGAGGAAAGUGCCGGAGGUGGCCCAAGUAAAAACGGUUUGUGUGUCACCAUGUCCUCUUCAACAGGAAAGUGGUCGCCUAAAAAGUGCAGAGAUCUCCACGGCUAUGUGUGCAAGAGGAAGACGGUGUCUGUGGUGGAGACUCCCAGGGAGCCACACUAUAUCGGAGGAUGUCCAGAGAAAUGGCUGUACUUUGGACACAAGUGUCUCCUGCUUCACCUCCCUGGCAGUCCAAAGGAAGGAAAGAGUUGGAAAGAUGCCCAGUCCAUCUGCUCCUCAUUCGAAGGCUCGCUAGUCGCUAUAGAGGACGAGAUUGAACAAGCAUACAUCACCAUGUUGCUCCAGGGGAGCUCUGUAGGUGUGUGGAUUGGUCUGCGGAACGAGGACACCAUGAAAUGGAUCAAUGGGAAACAAAUCAGCUACACCAACUGGUCUCCAAUUGAACCGAAGAGCUACCUGGCUGACGAUGAGUGGCUCAGUGGAUUUGCUGAUGAGCCGUUGUGUACUGUUCUGUCCAACAACCACAACUUCCACCUGACAGGAAAGUGGUACGAUGAGAAGUGCAGCGAGAGCGGGUAUGGCUUUGUUUGUCAAAAACCUCAAGAUACUUCAAAACCCCCCACCCACUCCUAUCACCACCCUCUCCCUCACAGUAUUGAGUACAGGAGCCACAGCUACAAGGUCAUGUCUGGCAACAUGAGUUGGUACGACGCGAUGCAUGUGUGCACAGAGAAUCAUUCUGACCUAGUGAGCGUUACGGAUGCCUACCACCAGGCUUUCCUCACUGUCCUUGUCAACAGAUUGGCAGUCCCCCACUGGAUUGGAUUGUAUAGUCAAGACGGUGGCAUUAAUUAUCAGUGGUCAGAUGGCAGUGACACGGUGUACACGCACUGGGACGCGGCCGAUGACGACGAAGACAUUGUGAUGGGAGAGUGUGUGUACAUGGACGUGAGCGGAGGCUGGCGGAGAGCUGACUGUGAAACUCCGCUACCAGGAGCCCUCUGUCAUGUUCCCCCACCCAACAGUAAACCAUUCAUCUCAUAUGAGGUGGUGUGUCCGUCCACGUGGGUGAAAUUUGGGCAAGGCUGUUACAACUUUGAGCCUGUCGUGCAGAAACUUACAUUUGAAGAGGCAAGAGAGCACUGCAGGCAGAAAGUCAACACCUCAGAUGUCCUCACUGUUGAAAGUGAGAAGGAGAACCGUUUUGUUCUGGAGCACCUGUGGUCGUCAGGGUUCCUUCACCAUGCUGUGUGGUUGGGGAUGUACUUCAACAUUGACACUGACUCUAUGGCCUGGGUGGAUGGUUCACCCAUGGACUACACCAACUGGCCCAGCAAAGCCCCAGACUCCAAGCUGUUGACUGCAGAUACCUGUGUUACCACCAGGGUGGUUGACGGUGGGUGGCACCUGUCACAGUGCAGCGAGCGCCUCGGCUUUGUCUGCAAAACCAUCUCAAAUGUAAAUACGGAGGUGGAAGUGAAGCCACUGAAUGGUUUACAUCAUGGCGUCAUCCCUGCUGCAGUGCUGGUGGCUGUACUCAUCUUCGCCCUGCUGGCAGGAGCGAUGUGGUUCGCGUACAAGAGGAACGGUUCACGUUUUCGCAGGCUCCCCACUCUUGGCAGCGCUUAUUACAGACAAACCAGCUCGCAGGCCACAGAGUCGGACGGAAAUGUGCUAAUCACAGACCUGGAGGCUCACUCAGGAGAAUAGCACUCAGUGACCGCUUUCCUCUUUUUAUGGUCUCUGUUGUGUCGCUCCCCCCCACUCAUUGUAAGUCUGUCUCCCACCACUUUACCAUCAGGUAUGAAUGCCACAUGACACUGUAAAGCUGUGACGCUGACUCCUCAGGACAGUGGUGUGAUGAUGCUGGGCAUACGUGUCCUUCUUUGAUUUGACAGUGUGCUCAAAGGAUCCAUGUUGCUCUCUACAGUUUGCCUCCAUACAAAUACCUUCAACGAGACUGAUGUCCGUGAACAUGUCUCCUGUGUCGACACUGAAGAGCUCACAUUUGAAUUCCCAGGCUAACAAAGUUCACGUAAAUGAGAAUGUUUAAUGAAGGUGCACUAGAGAGCUUUAAACGUGUAAAAAAAAAAAAAAAAAAUGGGUACAGAAGGUUGUUGUAAUCCUGCAGUAUGAGGAUUUAAGCAAUUAGAAUUGCUAAACAGUACUGACAUGGAUAGUAGAGCAAGGAUCUAGUCAGUAGGAUUCGAAUGGGAGAUGGAAAAUCUCAGUCUGCUUGUCAGGGUACAAACUUUCAUUGCCAAAUAAAAUGCAGAUCUCUGACAAAAUAGAAAACACUUUGAUAUUUGUGAUUUUGUAUUUCAUUCAAAAUUCAGGAGCUGUUGAAGCUGCACUUGUGCUACAGCAGUUUUGUCAGUAUUACUUUUUGUGUAUUUUCAUUUUGUUGGGUAUACAUGCUGUAUAUUGAUACCGAAAGGUGUUUUCGUGUGUUCAGAACUCAUAGGAAAUGUGUAAGGCUGUAACUGAUGAUUUGGCUUUGUUACCUUGUUCACUUUUGUCUUUGGAUGCAAAGCAAGUUAUUAGAUGUAUUUUGCACACCUUUCUUUUGUGUUUUAAUAAGCGGCGGUUAAGUCUAACAAUUUUUUUUAUCACUUGAGUCUUGCAGAGAAAAAUCCUUCCACAUCUUUAAGUUUUAAUUCUGUCAGUGACUUCACUUUUUGUAGAAUUUCUCCACAGAUUUCUAUGAUUUACUAUUUCCUCCUGUAACAUCUUCAUUACAAAUAGCUGGGAUUGUUGUAAUACUAUCUAACCACGCGCUAUACUCAUGUUUAGGUCCUUUGGGCUCUCUUUUUGGAUAAAUGUGGUUUAUGUGUUGUUGUGUGCUGAGAAACAGGGGAGGCUGGGGAUUGUACUGGAAUUAUUUCAUAAGUUGAUUGUGUGAUUGAUAAAAAGCAAAAGUUCCAAUAAACAGAAGGUCAAAAUAAAUGCUAGUUUAUAGGCUUGCUGCUCAUAGCAUUUUGCCAUUGUUACAAAAUGACAUAAAGUAUAAAAGGUCA